AUGGGUGCUCUUAACCAAACAAGAGUGACUGAAUUUGUCUUCUUGGGACUCACUAAUAACGGGGUGCUGGAGAUACUGUUUUUCAUGGCGUUCUCAGUCACUUAUGUGCUAACCUUUUUGGGGAACAAUCUCAUCAUCAUUACCAUAACCUUUACUCCACGUCUCCAUACCCCCAUGUAUUUCUUCCUGAGCAAUCUGUCCUUUAUUGACAUCUGCCACUCAUCUGUCACGGUGCCAAAGAUGCUAAAGGAUUUGCUUUUAGAGAGGAAGACCAUUUCCUUUGACAAUUGCAUUGCACAGCUCUUCUUCCUACAUCUUUUUGCCUGUGCUGAGAUCUUUCUGUUGACUAUUAUGGCAUAUGAUCGAUACGUAGCUAUCUGCACUCCAUUACACUACCCCAAUGUGAUGAACAUGAGAGUCUGUGUAUGGCUUGUCUUUGCUCUUUGGUUCGGGGCUACUGUUCACUCACUGGUGCAGACCUUCUUGACCAUUCGUCUACCUUACUGUGGCCCCAACAUUAUUAAUAGCUAUUUUUGUGAUGUGCCUCCUGUCAUCAAGCUGGCCUGCGCAGAUACAUACCUCACAGGAAUGCUGAUUGUGUCCAAUAGUGGAACCAUCUCCCUCACCUGUUUCCUGGCCUUGGUCACCUCCUAUGUGGUUAUCCUGGUUUCUCUUCGAAAACAGUCAGCCGAAGGGCGCCGGAAAGCCCUGUCUACCUGCUCCGCCCACUUGAUGGUGGUUGCCCUCUUCCUUGGGCCGUGUAUCUUCAUCUAUACUCGGCCAGACACCAGCUUCUCUGUCGACAAGGUGGUGUCUGUCUUCUACACAGUGGUCACCCCUUUGCUGAAUCCCCUCAUUUACACCUUGAGGAAUGAGGAGGUAAAAAGUGCCAUGAAACAGCUCAGGCAGAGACAAGUGUUUUUCAUGAAAUCAUAUACAUGAUGGGAAUUGGGAUUGCAGACAUAACCGUGGCCACAUUCUUAAUGAGAGAGCAAAAGUAAAGAGUCACAAUCGUUAGGUAAAACAGCAUGAGGCAGGUUAGACUUCUGCUUAAAGACAGAGACUUUAUUACAUAUAAAGGAAAAGAUCAUGGUAGAACAUGUAAGGAAAAAGAACCCAGGAAAGUUCAGAGAAAGCUCUGGUUUGACCAGUAAAAGAAUACAAUUUGGGGAACUCAGUUCAGUCUUAAUCUCAGGAACAGGUACAGGUGUGAGAAGCUACCCUCUUGGUUUAUGCCGUUCUGUAGCUUAUUGCCUCUAGGGAACAAUACCAAUCUUUUAUAAAUUA